AUGGUGAUCAUGGGUAAAUUUCAAUAUUUUGCUGUUUUUGUUGCACUUGCUACUUGCCAUAAUUUUCUACCGAGUCAUGCAUGGCAAGGAAAUAAAGGCAACGAACCAGCAUUCCCCGCUAAGCAAACUUACAGAGUGGCGGAGAAGAGUCCCCAACCUCUUAAAGCCAGUGUUAGUAAUGUUCCUGCUCCAACAUCAGAGAAGAAAGAAGACUCCACAGUCACACCUAAGAAUGGUGUUGGGAGUUUUGGGUAUUCAGUUGCAGCUUACACAAAUGCUUUCCGACCCACAACACCAGGGAACAGUCCUGGCGUAGGUCACCGAAAAUUUGCACCAGAAGAUAAAGAUAUGAAAGCAAAGGAGGUAGUUCACAGUCCUAAUGUUAAAUAUGUUACUGAGGGGACAACAAAUGGUUUCAAACCCACAAACCCUGGUCACAGUCCUGGUGUUGGUCAUUCUCAGCAAAAUUAA